AUGGACGGAAUCAAAGGCAGCUGCAAAGUUAACAAACCUGACUGCUAUCGGUUGUUGGUAACUAUAGCGGAAUUCAAGAAUGUGCCUCAAAUUGAAUCCGAAUUGUUUGGGCCUCAUCCUAGAGGCACACACAGUCUGAGAUCACCUGAGAACGACAAUAACGAAGACCUUUCCAGCAAAUUACAUCAAAACGCAAACCGAUUUCUUCUUCUUCCUCUUCCUUUAUUUUCAGGGAAAACACUGCUUGCACAGACGCUGGCACAGUGUCUGGAUGUGCCAUUUGCCAUCUGCGACUGUACUACCCUUACACAGGCUGGGUACGUUGGAGAGGACAUUGAGUCUGUGAUCGCCAAGUUGCUGCAGAAUGCCAACUUCAGCGUUGAACGCGCCCAGCAGGGUAUUGUCUUCCUUGACGAAGUCGACAAGAUCAGCAGUCGCUCAGGCCUUCUGCAUUCCAUUCGAGACGUGGGCGGAGAGGGAGUGCAACAAGUGUGUUUUAAUGCUGAUUGGUCAGCCUUAGCAUAUGGGUUUAUUGUGUGUCUGAAUUUUUGGGUAGUUGUUUCGUCUGCCCUUCUUAAGAGCCUGGACCUUCAGGCCCACAGGUCUUCUUCCCUUUUUGACAUGCGUCAG